CUAGCUGUAAUAAACCCUUAAACAACAACCGUACAGGAUUGCACCCGUAGGAGUUAAACCAAAAUUUGAAACACCUUUAUGGAAUGGUGAGCCUUCUAUGCACGCGUUUAAAGCGAUCGUCGCACGUGCUCACCGGACGGAGAUUUUGGUACGGUCACAAUAUGCACGUGUCAGCCCAAGCCCCAAUGCCUCACUCUCUCUCUCUCUCUCUCUCUCUCUCUCUUAUAUAGCUUAGAACCUCACCGUUACAGAUGGACCUGAACACGCCCCUUCCGAUCUAAACUGAAACUUAGCGGUCGCCAGGAAAGUGGAAGUCUGAUUUAGCCGGCGGUGUACUGUUGAUGUGGUGAUAGGAGCGAAUUCCAGUUAUGGAGACGGAAAUUCAUCAGGCGAGCUACUCCUACAUGGGGCGGAGCUUCGGUGAUCUGAGCAUCAACGAUGAUUCCUCUGCCUUCAGCGAAUGCAACAGCGACAGAUCCGGGGAGUUUGGGUCGGCGUCGUCGCAGAGCCGGCUGCUGCGCCUCUCCUGCGCUCCCGAGAACUCGGACGAUCUGAUUCGCCAGCUCGUCUCCGAUCUCGAGUCGUGUUCGAUCGAAGAGCAGAAACAAGCGGCCAUGGAAAUCAGACUCCUUGCAAAGAACAAACCGGAAAAUCGUCUCAAGAUUGCUCAAGCCGGCGCGAUUAAACCGUUGAUUUCGCUGAUCUCUUCCUCCGAUGUUCAGCUCCAAGAAAACGGCGUCACGGCGAUUCUCAAUCUAUCUCUCUGCGACGAGAACAAACAGCUCAUAGCGUCGUCGGGAGCUAUUAAACCGCUUGUCAGAGCUCUCAGGAUGGGAACGUCGACGGCGAAGGAGAACGCAGCGUGUGCUCUGCUUCGCCUCUCUCAAAUUGAGGAGAACAAGGUCGCGAUCGGACGCUCGGGAGCGAUUCCUCCGCUGGUGAACCUAUUAGAGGUCGGAGGUUUUCGCGGGAAAAAGGACGCGUCGACGGCUCUGUACUCGCUGUGUUCGGUAAAGGAAAACAAGAUCAGAGCCAUCAAAGCUGGAAUCAUGAAGCCUAUUGUAGAAUUAAUGGCUGAUUUUGGGUCCAAUAUGGUGGAUAAGUCGGCUUUCGUGCUGAGCAUACUGGUUUCGAUCCCGGUUGCUAGAAGCACCCUUGUGGACGAAGGCGGUAUUCCGGUACUGGUGGAGAUCAUCGAGGUGGGGUCACAGCGUCAGAAGGAGAUCGCGGCAGCGAUACUUUUGCAGGUUUGCGAAGAUAACUCAGUGUAUCGUACUAUGGUAGCACGUGAAGGAGCCAUUCCGCCAUUAGUCGCAUUAUCCCAAACCGGCACAAAUCGCGCCAAGCAGAAGGCGGAAUCAUUAAUAGAGCUUCUACGGCAACCGAGAUCCGGCAACCCCGGGGCGAGAACGUCGGAUUUGUCAGUCUAGAGUGCCCACAGUUCCACAUGCUUAUGUAUGCCAACAUGACAAGAAAAAAAAAAAAAAGGGUAGACAAAGAAAAUCAAACACAUGUACAUAUUUUUGUGCGAUGGAGAGAUGGAGCUUGUAAAAUUGGUCACAAGGCUAUGAUAUGGUCCAUGACCUUUGGCUGCCUUAAUUGGUUUUUUUUUUGGUUUGCUUUUUCAAAUUUUGGAUCGAAAAUGCUUCCAUAUUGGUCGAUCGGACGAUGUGAUUGAUUGCGACUUUUCUUUUCCUUUUCCUGCUUUUUCCAAUUUGUUUGCUGUAUUGUGUUAUUUUACUGGGCGAGAGAGCAUCGGAAAAAGUGGAUUCUACUGGGCACGAUGCUAAAGAUGGAGAUGAAGAUAAUGAAGAAAUGGUAAUGGGGAACAAAGAACGAUCAUCGAAGAUGAUGGUGGUGAUGAUGAUUCAGGUUCAAAAUCUGCAAGGGUCAGUCGCCGAUGGCGUGUAUGCUGCUGUGCAUCACAGUGUCUUUUGACAAUGGGCCACGAGGUACGCGUGCGCUGCGGGUCCUAUGCCCGGGACUGGCUGCUCCUUGUUUGUUUAUGACCGUUGAUUUUUGAACCGGGUGAUUUAGCUCUUCGCCCGCUACGUGGUGUACACGGUUACAGAUGGCCGUCAGUUUUACAGUCGCAAUCAGUGAGUGGGCCCUGGUGACGGGGUCCAUGCAUUUGACGUCUGGUAUGAUAUUUGCUUAAUAGUUAAUACAUUUCUUUACUUUUUCUUUUA